GUAAAGAUGACAUUACAGAAGUUGACUGCAUGCGUGGAUAUGUUUGUUACCAGAGUGAUUGGGACAUCAGCUCUUCCCUGUCAAUAUCUAAUAAUAUCUCAGCUGAACCUUGUAAAAGUGACAAGAAGAAAGUCUGCUUUAAACCUGGUUACAACGACAUUUGCACGACUUUGACUGCAACCUUCACUUCAGAAAACUGUACUGAUCCAUUUAGCGUCUCCAGAAACAUCACUGUUGCAAAGUUUUUAAAUCCAAGCGAAAUACCUCAGACAGCUCCAACUGGACUUCCUUCAAAAAUACAAAGACAAUUACCGCCAAAGUGCAGCAAUCUCACUAUUGAUUACACCUGUCGGGCUGAACUCAGUAACACCAAGAAUGACACCAAGCUGGAGCCCUUCACAAAAUACAACUGUACGGGUCAGAUCAAGAAAAACGAUGUCCUCAUUAAUCUCAACACCAGUAUCGAGGUCGAGAUUGUCUGUGAUUUUGAAAUAAAUAUCAACGCGACUCCAACCAACACCUCCAUUAAUCUGACAUGGACCAACAGCAGCAAGAACUGUCCAGGUCUUCCUGAACUUCCACAGUUUUCAUAUGACUGCAGUUGUUCACACAAAUCCACACACAAACACACUGGUUCAGCUACCAGUACUCCAACAGGAGGAAGCUGUCACAUUAAAGGACUGAAACCGUACAUCGACUAUACUUGUGAAGUCCAACCAAAAUACAACAACAAGAACGUUGGCUCACACAAUCCAGUUACACAAAAGACUGAACCUGGAAAACCAGAUGAUGUUACUAAUCUGAAAGGGAUUAUUAUAGACAAUAAUGUCAUUAGAGUAACCUGUACUCAAAAAGAGUUUAAUGGACCUGACGGGAAAAUCCAAGCAAGCCUUUUUUAUAAUGGUAAACUUCAGGAGAAUAAGCAUGAACAAGAUAGAUGCAAUUUUGAAUUUAAAGACCUGAGCUACUUAACAACAUAUGAAGUGGAGGUGAUUGCUUACAACGGACAUUUUAUCAGCAACCCGAAGAGAAUAACUGUUGUCACUUCAU